CUGCUAAAGCAAAAGUGAGAUGAAUGGAACCCAACUUCAAUUUACAAAUCACAAUCGUUAGCUUGGAAAAUCUUACCUCUCUGCCUGCUUGUUUCAUCUCACUAUCACGCUCUGCAUCGCAUCAAUGGCGCUCAGAUCACUCACCCGCUGUCUCUCCUCUCUCUACAAUCCCACAACAGUCGAGCAUUUCUCACUUCACUCAAUCGCCCUUCAAUCCCACCAAACACAUCCAUCCCUCGUCAACGAUCUCUCGCGCAUUCUCAGCGACUACAGAGAGCCGCAGCACGACCUCGAAUCAGCGCUCGCUCCCUUCACACCGCAGAUUUCCACUUAUUUAGUCGAACAAGUCUUGAAACGCUGCAGCAAUCUCGGUUUCUCAGCUCAAAGACUCUUUCGUUGGGCUCAGGAGAUCCCGGGUUUCCAACACAGUAAAGAUAGCUACCACAUCCUCGUCGAUAUCCUAGGCAGCAGCAGAGAGUUCCCGUUCCUGUGGGAUUUCCUGACCGAGAUGAAAAGCACCGAAUCUUGUGAAAUAACCCGAGAAAUUUUCUGGAUUGUUUUCAGGGCUUACAGUAGGGCUAAUUUACCGAGAGAUGCAAUUAGGGCUUUUAACAAGAUGCUGGAUUUUGGAAUUAGGCCUUGUUUGGAUGAUCUCGAUCAGCUGCUGUUUGCAUUGUGUAAAAGGAAGCAUGUGAAAUACGCGCAGGAGCUCUUCGAUCACGUUAAAGGCGAUGAUGAAUUGAAUCCGAGUGUUAAGACCUACAGCAUUUUGAUGAGGGGCUGGGGCGAAAUUGGCGAGUGCGGUCAUGUACAGAAACUGUUCGACGAAAUGCUUGAACGAGGUUGUGCGGCGGAUUUGCUCGCUUGGAACAGCGUUCUCGAUGCUCUGUGCAAAGGGGGGAAAGCAGAUGAAGCCUACGAGGUGUUUCGCAGCAUGAGGAGCAAAGGGCUCGAGCCCGAUGCUUACUCGUAUUCGAUAUUCAUCCGCGCUUAUUGCGAUGCAGAUGAUGUUCAUUCGGUUUUUAGGGUUCUUGACACGAUGAAGAGGUACAAUCUGGUGGCGAAUGUGUUCACCUACAACUGCAUAAUCAAGAGGCUCUGCAAGAACCGGAAGAUGGACGAGGCGUACGAGCUUCUGAACGAGAUGAUCGAGAGAGGGGCGAAGCCCGACACGUGGAGCUACAACACUAUCCUAGCUGUUCACUGUGAUCACAAUGAGGUGAACAUGGCCCUCAAUUUGAUUACAAGGAUGGAUAAAAACGGGUGCGAUCCGGAUAGGCACACGUACAACAUGGUGCUGAAGAUGCUGAUCAGGAUAGGGAGGUUCGAUCGAGUAGAGAAAGUGUGGGCGUCGAUGGAGAAGAGGGGAUUCCAUCCUGCUGUGUCGACGUAUAGUGUGAUGAUUCAUGGGCUGUGCAAGAAGAGAGGGAAGCUGGAAGAGGCUUGCAGGUAUUUUGAGAUGAUGAUUGAUGAAGGGAUACCGCCUGCUGACACGACGAUUCAAGUGUUGAGGAACAAGCUGAUCGGGUUUAGAUUCGCAGAGAAGACGGAUAUACUCGCGGAGAAGAUGGAACGGAGCACUUGUGCUUCGAUUCAAGAGGCGGCGAAGGUGAUGAGAGGGAAUAGAGCGCGUGCUAGUGUGAGGUUGAGAAAUGAGGAAGUGUACUCGGAUGAAAGUGAGGGUGGUUAAGAGAUAUCCGAUACUGCUGUUUCGUCAUCCAUUGCCUUCAUGGAUCAAGUGUUUAAGAGGUCACUCUCUCUAAACAGGGGUGGGUUGGAGCACCCGCAGCCGAGAGCCCUUAAGGGCAGGGCUGUUUAGCGGUCUCCACCAUUUGUGAGCCUCCUCCGCCCUUCCUCACAAUAGGACUAUUUACACUGGGACUUUUAAAUUUUUAUUUUAUUUUAUUUUAAAUGUAUUUUAAAAUUAAGUUAAAUAUUAAAUUAACAA